UUGCCCAGAUGCUACAUCAACCAUAUCAUGGACUGUAGUGCCAGCAGCAGAACCAUCCACAUCUUUUGUGAUGCAUCUGAACGUGCUUAUGGUUCUGUGGCAUACCUGCGGACAGAUAGUGGUGAAGGACAGGUUCAAGUGGCAUUCCUAGCCGCCAGGUCCAGAGUCGCCCCAAAGAAGCAGCUCUCCAUACCCCGGCUUGAGCUUUGUGGAGCUUUAACAGGAGCGCAGCUAGCUUCAGUGCUAAUCAAAGAGCUCACAGUCCAGAUCCAAGCAGUGGUUUACUGGACCGACUCCACCACAGUUCUUAACUGGCUUCAGUCGGACUCCUGCAGAUAUAAAGUGUUUGUGGGCACAAGAGUAGCAGAGAUACAGGAGCUGACAGACAUUAAUGCCUGGCGCUAUAUUGAGUCUGCCUUAAACCCUGCAGACGACAUCACAAGAGGAAGAACACUAACCCAACUCACUGGAGAGAACAGAUGGAGCCACGGACCCUCCUUCCUUGUGCAACCAUCUGUCCAGUGGCCGGUAAAUCCAGUCAGUCCAGUCACAGAAGAGCAGGAAGCGCUGCGGACCACAGUGUUUUGUGGCUUGGCUACCAGUGCUUCAGAUCGAGCUGUCCCGGACAUCCAGCAGUUUAAAACAUAUCAAGAGCUUCUGGAUGCCGUCACACAGGGGUCACACGGGGCGGCCGAUAAAAUGUCUCUCACGGCUGACGACUACCAUGAGGCAGAGCUAGUGCUCUUGAGACAUGCACAGACCGAAAGCUUCCCUGCAGAAGUGGCACUGCUCAAAGCUGGUAAGUCCCUCCCCUCUACCAGCAGAUUACUAACAUUGUCUCCUGAGUAUGACAGAUCGUCCAGCCUGAUCCGUGUCGGUGGUAGACUCAGAAGAUGUGACACUCUGAGCCCAGACGUGCUGCACCCUAUUCUCCUGUCAGCCUCUCACCCAGUCUCCAAGCUCCUGAUUCAGCACUAUGACUGCGAGCUGCACCACCCUGGAGCUGAGCGCGUGUUUGCUGAGCUGCGCCGGAAGUAUUGGAUACUGAGGGGUAGAGAAGCAGUCAAGAAACACCAACAUACCUGUGUGGACUGCAGAAAGUGGAGAGGCACACCUCAAGUGCCCAAAAUGGCUGACCUACCUCCCUCCAGUCUCAGGCUCUUCAGACCGGCCUUUUAUUCUACAGGUGUCGACUGUUUUGGACCCAUGCUUGUUAAAGUGGGCAGGCGCACAGAGAAGAGGUGGGGCAUCCUUUACAAGUGCCUCACUACGCGAGCCAUUCACCUGGACCUCCUGCCCAACAUGGACACAGACUCAUUUCUUAUGUCACUCAGACGCUUUAUUGCUCGCAGAGGGAAACCAUACGAGCUCCUCUCAGAGCAGGGUACCAAUUUCAAAGGAGGAAGUAGGGAGCUGCAUGAAGCCUUCCUUGCCCUGGAACCUGCCUUAAAGACAAAACUAGCAGCACAACAGAUCCGCUUCCAGUUUAAUCCCCCCAACGCUCCACACUUUGGUGGUUCAUGGGAGCGAGAGGUGAGAUCCGUGAAGAACGCUCUCCGCACCACUUUAGGAGAUCAGACAGUACCAGAUGAGGUGCUAAGGACAGUCCUCAUUGAGGUAGAAGGGAUUCUUAAUUCUCGGCCCCUGGGCUAUGUGUCCUCUGACUUUGCUGACCCCGAUCCAGUUACACCUAACUGCCUGCUGAUGGGGCGGCCAGACUCAUCCCUUCCACAGGUGGUCUAUCCUGAAUCAGAGCUGCUGAGCCGGAAAAGGUGGCGCCAUUCACAAGUUUUAGCAGAUCACUUCUGGAAGCACUUCAUUCAACACUUUCUGCCCACUUUACAAGCACGGCAGAAGUGGAAGACAGAGAAAGAGGACAUUACUGCGGGCACAAUUGUGCUCAUUGUGGACCAGCAGACCCCCAGAGCUCUCUGGCAGGUGGGAACAGUAAAAACGGUGAUUCCAGGAGUAGACGGUCGAGUGAGGACGGCUGUUGUUCAAGUAAAGGACCGGACCUACACUCGCCCUGUUGUUCGUCUCAUCAAACUGCCAGCUUUACCCCAGGACAGUACAGACACCUAAUGGUCAAAUUUACACAGCAAAUUUGGGGGCGGCUGUAUAAAAGACUAUCCAUAAAGCCCAUUUAGUUCUGUUAUAUUACUGGGUUUGUUUAGUUGUUCUUAAUUGUUGUUAUCCCUUGUUGCACCACUAGAGGGAGCGCGAGUGUACACCAGUGCGCCGCAGAUGCGCAGAUUAUAAUUUACAUGGUUGCACAACGUUACGUGCAUCGGCGCUCUCUCGAACUGACUUAAUGUCUGAAUUAUAGUGUGCGUCCCUUAGAUAUAACCACACUGCUGUCACACUGCUGUCACACUGCUGUCACACACCCCCCACACACACAAACCCACACAUACACCCAUAUACGCCCACACCCCAAGUAAGGACAUUAAAAGGAACGUUCUACCUGUACCUGCCUGUGGACUCCCUCAUUCUUAAGCCUCACCUGAACAUACCUAAUCGCUGUCCUGACCCGACACCCUGCAGUGAUUGCUAGCCAGGGUUCAAGCUACUGCAUA